AGUUGAAACUUGAAAGCGAAGAGGGGAGGGGGAAGAGAGUGAUGAUAUUUAGGGUGGGACGGCAAUAAUUUAUGAGAGCAAAUCUGGUUUUGGGGGGUCUCAUUCUCUCUCUGUCUUUCUCUACAGUUUGUCAAUCUUAUCCCUGUUUGGUCUCAGUGACGGUUGCUUUCUCUUUUACCUGUUGCCAUUGAAGUGGAAUUGGGGAAACCUCUGCUUGCUUCAGAGAAUAGAAAGCAGUGCUUCCUCCCCCAUAAGAUUCCAUCUGGGUCUUGCUCAGAAUCCAUUCAUGGAAGCUUCCUCACCCAUCUCAAUGCAACAAACUCCUCAGAAAGACCAGCCGGAGGCAUCCCCCAAGCCUUUCAGGAAAAGAUUUGUGACCUCGUUGAUGGAGGCCGCUACCCUUCGCUCCCCUUCCUUCAAGGAGGACACCUACUUCGUGUCCCGCCUCAAGUCUUCAGAGAAGAAGGCACUGCAGGAGUUCAAAGACAAGCUAGUGGCCUCUCAUGGGUCUGACUCCAUGUGGGGCAUUCCUCUCUUGGGUGGAGACGAGAGAGCCGAUGUCAUACUACUGAAGUUUCUGCGAGCCAGAGACUUCAGGGUCGCCGACUCCUUUAACAUGCUGGAGAAGUGCUUGGCUUGGAGAAAAGAGUUCGGAGCGGACGACGUCGCUGAGGAGGACCUGGGGUUUAAGGAGCUCGAAGGUGUCGUGGCUUACAUGCACGGGUACGACAGAGAAGAACAUCCAGUUUGCUACAACGCCUAUGGGGUUUUCAGAGACAAGGACAUGUACGAGAGAAUCUUCGGGGACGAAGAGAAGCUCAAGAAGUUCCUGAGGUGGAGAGUUCAAGUCCUCGAGAGAGGCAUCAAACUUCUGCAUUUCAAGCCCGGUGGUGUUAACUCCAUCAUUCAGGUGACUGAUCUCAAAGACAUGCCCAAAAGAGAGCUCAGGGUCGCUUCUAACCAGAUUCUCUCUCUCUUCCAAGAUAAUUAUCCAGAAAUGGUUGCCCGGAAGAUUUUCAUCAACGUCCCCUGGUACUUCAGCAUUUUGUAUUCAAUGUUCAGUCCAUUCCUGACCCAACGAACCAAGAGCAAGUUUGUGAUCUCUAAGGAAGGAAAUGUUGCAGAAACCCUUUACAAGUUCAUAAGGCCGGAGGAUGUGCCGGUGCAGUACGGCGGGCUGAGUAGACCCAGCGACUUGCAGAAUGGCCCGCCAAAACCAGCCUCCGAGUUUACCGUGAAAGGAGGGGAGAAAGUGAACAUUCAAAUUGAGGGCAUUGAGGCCGGCGCCACAAUAACAUGGGACAUAGUGGUGGGAGGGUGGGACUUGGAAUACAGCGCAGAGUUCGUGCCCAACGCUGAAGGCAGCUACACCAUUGCUGUGGAGAAGCCGAGGAAGAUGGCCCCCUCCGAAGAAGCUGUGCACAACUCCUUCAUGUCGCGAGAGGCUGGCAGAUUAGUGCUCUCGGUCGACAACACCGCCUCCCGGAGAAAGAAGGUGGCUGCUUACCGAUACGUCGUCCGCAAAUCCACCGUAGUCUAGCUUCAAAUCAUAAUAAAUCUAAGUGCAUUUUGAUUAUUACCCUUUUUCUUUGUUCUUUUGGGGAGUUUGAGCAAUGCUUGUGAACCUUGUGUCAUCUUGAUAGCAGUUUGUACUUUGUAGUAGUGUAUCACCGUGGUGUAUAAAAUGGUGGGCAUUAUAUGGCUUAAUAUAUAGAAGAAAAAGCAUAUCAACGUUGCCAAUUCAAGUACA